AUUUAUAAUACAAGAGGGUCUUAGCCCACUUCUAUCUCCCAUGCACUUGUCCGCCUCACUCCCAGCAACCAUUUUCUCUCCCUCUGCCUUCUUCUUCAUCCUUCUCUUAUCUCUUUCUCUCUCUCUCUCCCCCAUAACUUUUCCUCCAAAAAAACACACUUGGAAUUUCUUUUGCUCUAUUUCAUUUUCUUUCUUCUUUUAAAUCCCUUUCUCCUUCAUUAUCUCUAUCUCCCAAACACCCACCCAUAAAUACCCUCUCUAAGUUCUCUGACAAAAAAACAACUAGAAAACUCCUCCUCAUUUGUCUCUACGAAAGGGUUUUGGGUUUUUUUUUUAUAUAUUUUUUUUUAUUUUCUCAAUUGAAGCUUACCAAUCUCUCUGAUAUAUAUUUACAUAUAUAUAUAUAUAUAUAUAUCCCAAAGUGUUGGAAUAAACUAAUUCUGACAAAAAAAAAAAAUCCAUAUUUGUCCCAAACAAUGUCUAGCAGAAGGUCUCGUUCAAGGCAACAAUCAGGCAAUUCCAGUGCUAUUACUGAUGACCAGAUUACUGAUCUAGUUUCUAAGUUACAACAACUUAUUCCUGAGAUUCGCAAUAGGCGUUCUGACAAGGUUUCAGCUUCUAAGGUUUUGCAGGAGACUUGCAACUACAUAAGAAACUUACACAGAGAGGUUGAUGACCUAAGUGAUAGAUUAUCUGAGCUCUUGGCAAAUACAGAUGCUGAUAGUGCUCAAGCAGCAAUAAUCAGGAGCUUGCUUAUGUGAUAAUUAUGGUGCAUUUUGAUUAUUGUCUUCCAAUCUCUUUCUCUCUCUAUUUUCCUUUUUUUUUUUUUUUUUUUUAUUUUUUUUUUUAUGUCUAGCUAGGGUUUGGUCUGUAGGCCCAGAGAAAAGGGUUUUGAUUUUCCAUGGAAGUACUACUUCUUAUUCAUGGUAUAUUUAUCAAUCCCUUUUCCAAAAGACUUUGUAGUAAUUAACUCGUUUAAAUAAAAAGAGUAUCUUUAGAGCUUUCUCAUGAA